CGAGGAAACUGUGGUCAUGGAAGAUCUUAUGUCUGUCCGGCCCCGUGGAGGUAUGCAGCAUCUUGGAUCCAGAGUAACUGGAUAUCUAGACGAGAAGAAGGAUUUCUGGGAUGCAUUCGACGUCCUGUUCCCAUCUAUCACUGCGUCAGGAAUUCCCAGGGCACCAGCCCUCGAGGGCAUUCAACGUUUGGAGAGCCAACCGCGAGAGCCUUACUCCGGAGCUGCUCUUCUCAUCGACAGCAAACGGUCUUUUGAGGCUACAGUGGUUUUGCAGACUGUACUGCAGGAUAAGAAUCGGCGAUGGGUAUAGGCUGGAGCGGGAGUCAUUGCGCAGGCGAAUCCUCAGCGGGAAAUGAUUGAGACCUGUGAGAAGUUGGAAAGUAUUGCUCAAUAUGUCGUGACAGAGUAGAUGAGUACUGGAUAAAUUGGUCUAGAUUAUGCAUGCAAGAAUGCCAAAUACAGAUCC